CUGCUGCACCCGGGGCUGGCCCGGCGGAGGCUGUCAGCCAUGCUGCAUGCCCACCCCGCACCCUUCAUGGACGUCUCGGCGGGGCGGCAGUGCCCGGCCCUCUGCAGGCCAGCGGAGGCUGAGGCCAUUAGGGGCCACCUCGCCGCCCUCCUUGACCAUCUAGGGGCUGCCGAAGCCACCACCACCUGCCCUGUGUCCUCCAGUGAGGUUGUUCCUACGGGCUGGAACCUCUGCACCAUCGUCGGGGUGCUGCUGGGCUACCCAGCAGCGUACACCUUUGCCAUGGAGGAGGGUGCCGAGAACUGCCUGGGGCUGACGCCGCUGAGGGUGUUCACAGUCCAGGCCUCCUGCCCCAGGAUAAGGGACGGUCUCAGGGUCCAGAUCUACUCCUUCAGCGUCCCGGAGAGCCUCUGCACAGAGCUGAAGGAGGUGCUGGAUGCCUGGUGUGAUGAGCUGAAGGCAGCCUUCAGCGCACAGAGUGACUUUGUAGAUCUCCGCAUUUCGAGCGAGGUGGUGUCUCUUCCAGCAGUUGCCUUGUAA